CAAAUUGCCAAAUUCGCAUGUGCUUUUCAAACCCACCGAAUACUGCCCUCUAAAAGUCUCCCUAAUUUAUAAUUCCUUUCACGUUUUUGGAACGCAAAAACCCACAAAAUUCCCAUUUGGGUAAUCGAUUUCUCCGGUCAUUUUCCCACCGGAAUAGUGGAAUUCCGGUUAAGGUUUCCUCAAGAACAGGAAAUGGUUGCACCGGAGGAGGAUGAUAAUUCGAAUUGUUUCUUCGAUUUCAGUUUGAUCGAACAGUUUCCGGUUCCCGGAGGUGAACUUCCCUCUCUCGAUACGGAUUUUCAGUGGUCGUCUAAUCCAUUUCCCGAUUCAGCUAAUCUUAGCAAAGAAUUUGUGGAUUCAUUAGGAAAAUCAAAUACUACCAAAGAAGACGAGUCCAGAAAGAGGGCCCAUCCUGGAUCGUGCUCUGAUUCAAAAGCAUGCCGAGAGAAGAAGAGAAGGGAUAAACUGAAUGAAAGGUUUCAAGAAUUGAAUGAAAUGUUGGACCCGGGAAGGUCACCCAAGACGGAUAAGAGCGUUAUUUUGGCGGAUGCGAUCCGAAUGGUCACUCAGUUGAGGAACGAUGCGGCCAAGCUUAAAGACUCUUCGCAAGAUUUGCUUGUCAAAAUCAAUGAGUUGAAGGUUGAGAAGAACGAACUAAGAGACGAAAAGCAGAAGCUAAAAGCAGACAAAGAUAGACUAGAACAGCAACUGAAAGCAGCCACCACCUAUUGUGGCCCACCAACCGCCUUCUAUCCGCCAGCUCAUCCUGUGAUCCCGGUCUCCACCCCCAACAAGUUCAUGCCAUUCAUGGGAUUCCAAGGAGUUCCCAUGUGGCAAUUUGCUUCCCCAAAUGCAGUCGACACAUCCAAAGAUCAUGUUCUUCGAUCUCCACUUGCAUGAUACAAGAAAUUGAUUCUUCCAUUCCAUCUUAAUCUGUGCAGAUUGGAUAGAAAUUAUGUGAAAAAGAAACAAAAAACUAUUCUGUGUAAUCUUUAUAGUUUAUAUAUAUUUAUAUGAGCUAUUGACGAACAUGGUCAUGAUCAGUACUCAGUAGUAAGUGUAAUUUUGACUGCUUGGUAUAAGGUAUCCAGAUUUUGACCUUGCUGGAAUUUUUGAACAGUGGGUUUGACUUUUCCCAAGAGUCAACGC